CCACUCCACAGAAGAAGAACACAUGUUGGAAACCCGGCAGAAGGAGAACAGAGAAAGUAGACAAACAGGACUUUGGAGUGGACUUAUUUUCUAAUUCUGGACUACAUUUUCCUAUGAAGCUCUGUUCUUUUGUUUGCAACUUCAGAACUGUAGUGUAUGGGUUUGGAUGUAGGCAUGGCUGCAUCCUUUGGUUUAGGCUCUCCUAUCCUGACUUUUGUCUUUUCCCAUUACCUGUACCUCCAUUGCUGGGUUUGGGCAGCAAUGGACACUUGCUAUGAUGAGAACGGAGUCCCUAGCCGUUGCAUGCCCAAGUUUGAGAACAUUGCCUUCAAUCGCACUGUGAUGGCAUCAAAUGUAUGUGGUUCCCCGCCUGAGGAUUACUGCAUGCAAACUGGCUCAACCCGUUUGUGUCACCACUGUGACGCAUCAGACCUUGAGCUGAACCACAAUGCCAGCCUUCUGACGGACUUUAACAGGAAUGAGGAGCCCACCUGGUGGCAAAGUCAGUCCAUGUACUAUGGCAUCCAGUACCCCAAUUCUAUCAACCUUACCCUCCAACUUGGCAAAGCUUUUGAGAUAACAUACAUCCGGUUAAAGUUCUACACCAGUCGACCAGAGAGCUUCGCCAUUUACAAACGCACAGAGAAGGAUGGGCCUUGGUUACCUUAUCAGUAUUACAGUGCUUCAUGUGAGAAGACAUACAGAAGGUUCACCAAAGGCUACAUUCGCCCUGGAGAUGAUGAAAGGACUGCGUUAUGUACAGAUGAGUUCAGUGAUAUUUCCCCUCUUACUGGAGGAAAUGUGGCUUUUUCUACCCUGGAAGGCCGGCCCAGUGCCUACAACUUUGACCAAAGCCUGGCACUCCAGGAAUGGGUGACAGCCACUGACCUGCUCAUCUCUUUGGACAGACUGAAUACGUUUGGAGACGAGUUUUUUAAGGAUCCUAAAGUGCUGCGCUCGUAUUUUUAUGCCAUCUCAGAUUUCUCCGUGGGUGGGAGAUGUAAGUGCAACGGCCAUGCCAGCGAGUGCGUUGAGGGGGAACAGGGUGGCCUAGUGUGUGCCUGCCAACAUCACACAGUUGGAGCCGACUGCCAGAGAUGUCACCCCUUUUACCAGGACAGACCUUGGGCCAGGGCCACUGGGGAUUCCGCCAACGAGUGUUUGAAGUGCAACUGCAGUGGGAGAUCAAACGAGUGCGUGUUUGACAUGGAGCUGUAUAGGAGCACUGGCAGUGGGGGGCGCUGUGUGAGCUGCAGAGACAACACUGAUGGGGCCCACUGUGAACGCUGCAAGGAAAACCACUACAGGAAAGUUCCAGAAGAACCUUGCCUACCCUGUCACUGCAAUAUCAAUGGCUCAGUGAGUUUGCAGUGUGAUGCAGAAGGAAGGUGUCCAUGCAGACUUGGUGUGACAGGAGAGAAGUGUGACACUUGUCAGGCUGGCUUCCAAUCACUGGGUCCUGGGGGUUGCAGGCCGUGUAACUGUGACCCCAGCGGGAGUGAGGAUCACUGCUCCCCUCUGGAUGGGCAUUGCUUCUGCAAACAGAAUGUGGAGGGGCAGAGCUGUAAUAGGUGCAAGCCAGGAUUUUUCAAUAUGCAGAGAGAACACCCAGCAGGCUGCCAGCCGUGUUUCUGCUUUGGUCACUCCCUUGCCUGCUACUCAUCCAGUCACUACAGAGCCACGGUUAUUACAUCAGACUUUACUGAAGACCGUGAUGGUUGGUGGGGAGAGUUCUCCGGAGGCCUGGAGUACCCCCUGCUGUGGAAGGAAGGUGAAGUCUACCUGCUGCCUCUUAAUGAGGAAGACACUGGUUUCUACAGAGCCCCUGAGAAAUUCCUGGGUCACAAAGUCAACAGCUAUGGCCAACUCCUCUCCAUCACCUUCACCUCUGAAACCUCAGAUCUGCUUCCUGACCGCGUCACGCUGCUUCUCCAAGGAUCUGGACUCACCGUGUCAGCAGACCUUUCCUACCCGCCCCAGCCCGACCACGACUACAGCCUCACCCCGCGGCGCUCCUUUAUUGUCAGGCUCCAUGAAUAUGAGACGAGAUUCAAGCCUCAUCUGUCUGCCUUCGAGUUCCAACGGCUCCUUUACAAUCUAACCGUUUUGAAAAUCAGCAAUGCGGGAGGACACAACUACACAUCACAGCUUGCGGGGGUAACCCUGACCUCCGCUUCCAUCUUCUCCAGUCCAGCCAGUGCUCCAGCUCCGUGGGUGGAAACUUGCUCAUGUCCUCAGGGCUUUGCAGGCGAAUUUUGUGAGCGUUGCGCCCCUGGAUUCACCAGGGAAGACCCAAGCAGAGGGCCUUUCUCAACAUGUGUGCCUUGCAACUGCCAUCAGCAUGGAACCUGUCAUCCAGAAACAGGGAUGUGUGAGUGCUUAGACUUCACCACCGGUACAACGUGUGAGCGCUGCCUGGAUGGCUACUAUGGCAACGCCUUGACUGGCACACCUGGUGAUUGUCAGGCCUGCCCUUGCCCAGGCCGCAGCAGCUGUGCCCUCAUCGCAGAGACCGGACAGGUGGUCUGCACCAACUGCCCUGCAGGACAGACAGGUAUGCGCUGUCAGAUGUGUGAGGAUGGCUACUAUGGCGACCCCCUGGGAACGUCCGGGACGGCCCGCCCCUGCGAAAGGUGCACCUGCAAUGGAAACGUGGAUUUCAAUGAUGUGGGAGUUUGUGACCCUUUCACUGGGCGAUGCCUAAAGUGCCUCGGGCACACAGAGGGCGACCAGUGCCAGCGCUGUAAGCGGGGCUUUUAUGGCGAUGCCCUGAGCCAAACAGCCAGAGAGAAAUGCAGGCCGUGUAGCUGCAAUGCAGCAGGUACCUCUGGGCCUGUUGAUGAAUGCCACCCUAUGACUGGAUAUUGUAGAUGUCUCAGUCAUGUGACCGGGCGGGAUUGCAGUCACUGUGAAAUCGGCUUCUUCAACCUUCAACCUGGCAUUGGAUGUGAAAGGUGUAAAUGUAACCCAGUGGGCUCUCUGUCGAUGGCCUGCCAUCCGAUCACAGGAGAGUGUGUAUGUCGUGCAGGAGUGGAGGGGAACCUGUGUGGCUCUUGUCGUGUGGGCUUUUUUGGAUUCUCCUCACGAGGCUGUAUAGCCUGUAACUGUGACCCAAUGGGCUCCGCUUCCAUGCAGUGCCACACUGAUGGCACCUGUCAGUGCCGCCAGGGUUUUGUGGGUCACAAAUGCAACAAAUGUGAGAUGAAUUACUUCCAUAACCGAGCCACUCACCAGUGUGAGGAAUGUCCAGUUUGCUAUGGCCUUGUCAAAAAACAGGCCGAAAAGCUUCAGGCUCAUCUGCAGAACCUGGACAGGCUCCUGGCUCACUUUGAUUGCCGAGGUAGAUUUGGGAAGCGGUACCACCCAGUGAAGUACAGCACGCCGCAGCUUUAUGAGGGGGAACACCAGAGGGAUGAUGCUUUUCCAAACGCACUAGAGGAUUUUCUGGCCUUCCAAGAGGCACGGGAGGCCUUCAUAAAACAAUUUUCCUUGCUGGAAGCUUCAGCGGGCGCACUUUCAGCUCAGCUGCAUGGCAUUACAAUUGGUUUGAACUGCAGCAUCAGCAUGACGGAAGAAGAGGAUGGGGAAGAAGGGAAAGAUGGGAGAAAGGAUGCGAAACGUAGAGGAGCGUGUCAAAUCUUCACAGAAAUCCUGCUGAUGAUGAGAACAUCCAGGGAUCAGCUGAAGCAGGCGACGCUGGACCUGGACAACGUGAUCAUUUCUUUUGAAGCCAUGUCAGCGCCUAACAAAUGGAGCAUAAUGGUCAAUGACUCCCAGGUCCUAAUGAAAAGUCACAGAGAAACGGCGGACCACAUUGAAGCCAUAGCCAGCAGGGCGGUACGCGAGUCAAAGCAGACUUUCAGCCUGCUGAUGGAUCUACUGCAGGACAACUCUACAGAGGAGUACAUUAGGAAUCUGAUGGAGCAAAUAAAUCAAAUGCAGCAGCAGAAGGAAAACCUCACUGUGCUGCUGAAUACUACCGUAGCUGAACUUUUGGCUGUGGAGAAAGAAGAUGCCGUUUCCAAGCUUUCUUUGGGCAACAUCACAUCAUCCUUACAUCAGCUGACUUUGAGAACAGAACCAGACAUGGAGCAAACUGAGUUUAACCAAACACAUCUGGAGAAUCACACUGCACAGUUAAGUGAGGAACUACUGCAACAGACAGAAGAGCUGGACCAACAAAUUGGGGCCAAGGAACUUCUCAUCAGUAACAUCAGCAGGGUGGCUGAAUCAGUAAAACAGACUGUCAAGAAACACUUUGAAAAAGAAGACAAGAUAAAAAUGCUACAGGGACGUGCUCAGGCAGCAAACACUGCGGCUUUAACAUCUGUGGUGAAGGGGAAAGAAGUGGAGUCCGAGGCCAUCACCUUGCAUAAGAAAAUAGAAAACAUGGUGGAAGAGUGGCCCCAUCAGCAAUUACAGACCAAGGCUGCAUUGAAGAAGCAAAGACCGUUGGAAGAAAAGGUCCUGUCUGAGGUCCAGAAGAAGGUCAAACAAAUUGAGAAGAUGCUAGAACCUGCCAAGGAAAAUGCCAGCCUUGCAAGCAACACCACACAGGAGGCAGGACAAAUGGCAUAUGAUGUGGCUAAGGGAUCCAAAGCCAUUCUGACCCAGGCCAAGCAUACCAGAACUACAGCUUCUCACCUUAACUCGCAUAUGGAUUUGGCUUUAAAGCAGCUGUCAGAGCAAGAAUUACUGAUAGAGAAAGCAAACUCCAUGAUCCCAACAGAGCCUGAAGUGUCCCUUACCAGCAUAAAGCAUGACAUGGAAGCAGCUAAACAGCAGUUGGAGGCAUAUUCCGUAACCCUAAGUGAACUUAUCAGCAAAAUAGACGGGAGCGUGCCACUGGAGCGAUUUGAUCGGAUUCUAAACGAGACAGAACGCCGCCUGAGUAUGCUGCGUGGGAGUGUGGAGAGCCCAGCACUAGGCUCCAAGAUCCAAAAGCUGCAUUCUGCUGCUAAAGACCAACAGAGCCGCCUGUCCCUCAUUGAGCAGGACAUUCAGGAGAUACGAGUAGAGAGAGACAGUCUCAGGGACAUUGCCUCAAACCUGCCUCAGUCCUGCCCCCAGGCCUCAGCAGAAGGUAAAGCCUAGGAACGGGAGGUGAUCAGGAUUGCAACAAAGCAACCAAACAUCUGAAAAAAUCUGGCGGAUGUUUUAAUAAAAAGAGCUGUGGUCAUAUUAUUUCUGCUUCAAAGAUUCCCUGAUAUUUUCUCUCAUUUUUUUUUCCUUUUUUGCCCAAAGCUACAAUUCAUUUUCCCAUCAAUGAACAAAAGACACACAUAGUUUAUCUGAAUGCCUCCAAGCUCCUGUCUCCAGUGAAUCAUACCUGAUCCUCCCUCUUCAUUUUUAACUUCUUCUUUUCACCCCUCCAUUUCUGUUUUUCAAUUUCAUUCGAUUUUUUUUUUAAAUAGACAUAAUGAGAAUUUUAAUUUUCCUGUGAAUAAUCGAAACCAGCCACGAUGAGCCGACAGACGACACCCACAGGUUUGGAUAUUGUUACCUUUCCUUUGCAAGGGAGAAAAGGUGUGUCGGAGGGCUUCUUCAGACUGACACAUUCAUUUACACUUCAGCUCUUGUUUCAUCAGUGUGCCUUAAUUAGCAAUUAGUCGUCUUGGCCUCAGCAGGAUUCAGGUGAGACUUCAGCAACAUGCAGCCUGGGAUUUUGGGACUCUCAUGUUGCCUACCUGCAUGUUUUAGCUUCCUUCCUUUACUGAGGCCUUGUCCACAUGUAGCAGCAUAUCUGGAAAAACUAUUGCAUUUUUAUACUGCAAUGCGUUCCAGCCAAACGUUAUGCAUCCCUUUAAAUUAAUUAUCCUAAAAACCACAGACAAAGUAUAGAUUUCUAAACAUUUUUUGAGCCUGCGUGUACGUGAAAGGAGGGAUAUGAUCACAGUUUGCAACAAAUAUUUCUUCACUGCAUCACAGAUUUGCAAUCAUUAUUUAUACACUUGACCAUAUGGUGGAGUUAAAAAAUGUAUUUUCUCAUAGACAUGUUGAUUUUUGUUUUGCUGGAUUCUGAUUUGCUGUCAAGUUUAAGUUUCAUGGACACUGCCCCCUGUGCAUCUGCUGUGUUUAAAAUAAUUCUCAGUGGCGUAUUUCUGUAGGAGGAUGUAAAUGAAACGUUUUCUAAAAUACUUCCUGUAUAUGGUAUUAUUUUUAAGAAUGGUGUAGGGGAGAUGUUCAACUUUUUUAUAAACCCUGCUACAUGUGGACUAAGCCCAUUAUCAAGUUGUGAAACUGCCUUGCUUCUUGGGAAUUACAAUUAGACGUAUAGAUGCCCCCUUUUGAUCAAAAUGUUUGAGCAUUUCUUCAAAGGUGUCCUUAACUGAUACUUAAUUAACAGGCAUGGGCUGGUACGAUAGUACCUUAACACAAAUCCAAAGCAAAAUUGUAUAACAUGAUUUAGCAAUCAUCUGUAUUGUAAACAUAAUUCAACAAACAAUACAUACUGCAGAAGAGACGACACAAAGUGAGGUUUGAGCCUUAAAUAAGGAGUUUUUACAAACGACAAAUGUUUUACAUUAUUAAAUCCAGGGUUGCUUUGCCCUUCUGGUUAAAAUUAAUACCUGUCAUAAGUAAAAAAGAAAACAUUUUGGGGGGUUUUAACAAAGGUAAAGUUUAAUCCAUCUUAAAACACAUUUAAAUAAGACAGAAACAAAUUCAGUCUAAUACAAGGGAGAGCAGAUUAGGCAAGAGUUCUAAGAGUACAACUUCAAAAUAAUACUGCUCAAGCAUACGAUAUAAAAUAGGCCUCAAGAAAAAUGUAUUUUCUAUUUUUAUGGCUAGAAAUAAUCUAAUUAAAAAUUCUUGGCUGAAAAAGGAACAAAAAAAAACUGUACGGUAUAUAGAGGUCAUA